UAGAAACAUGGGUGAUGUCAAGAAUCUACAGAAAAGAAGCUAUCAGAAUCUCCCUGAUGACAGUGACUCUUCAGAUGAGACAGUUGAAUCUCCUUUACUGAAACGAGUUUUUGAAGAACAUGGAUACACCAAAAUAGGACAACUGGGACGAGGGAUUUCAGGAAUAGUGUAUCAGGUGACCAACAAUUCUGGAGAGCAUUAUGUGAUUAAACAGAUGAACUCCAGAGAAAGGAAGGAGCAGAACGCUGUCCAAAUGGAAGUCAUGAUCCUAGAGAAAAUGAUCCAUGGAUAUAUUGUUUCUUAUGUGGAAUCAUUUGAAGAUAAAGAAACUGGACUCUUUUAUAUUGUGAUGGAGUAUUGUGCGGGAGGAGAUCUUUUCAAGAGGAUGAAAAAGCAGGCUGAGGAAGGCUUUUUUGAAGAACAACAGAUCCUUGACUGGUUUGUUCAGAUUUGUCUGGCCCUUCAGUAUCUACACGAGGAGAGGAGGGAUAUUUGUCACAGAGACAUAAAACCUCAGAAUGUUUUUCUGACUGAAGAUGACUACAUCAAUCUAGGAGACUUUGGAUGCUCAAAAGUGCACACAAGAGCUGAUCCUUAUGCAAGCUCUGUAGUAGGUGCAGAGCUCUAUGUCAGCCCAGAAGGUCGUCAGAAGAAAUAUAAUUCCCCAAGUGAUAUUUGGUCAUUGGGAUGGUUACUCUAUAAUCUCUGCAUGCUGGAUGUAUGGUCAGAUAUUAAAAAACGUCGCUUUCAACAAGCAUCCCACGAUAUGGGAUAUCCCCUUCACUUCUCAGACAAGUGCUCAAAGGAUCUACAGGAAUUAAUCAAGGAAAUGCUCAACUGUGACCCUAAAGCCAGACCUUCAGCUGAUGAGAUUCUAGCAAAACCGUUCCUUUGUGAUGCAGUAAAGAGAAACAAGACAAUUCCGCAAGCAUUUGAUCGAAGGUUUAUAGUGUCUUUAAAGACCUUUGAUGAGGCCUACAAUGAGCACUAUAAUAAUUUUAAAACUUUAGUUAAAGAGUGGGGAGAAACAACAGAUGCACUAGAGGACAUACAUCGUAAAUGCACAAUAGGCACGCUGUCAGGUUCAGUGAUCGGGACAGCUGGUGGAGUCACUGCAUUAGUUGGUGCAAUACUGGCUCCUUUUACCUUUGGAGCAUCUCUGAUUGUUACAGGCGUUGGGAUUGGAGUUGGAGUUGCAGGUGGUUUAACAGGUGCUGUAUCCAGCAUUGCAAAUACAGUCCAACAAAAAUCACUCCGUGAAAACAUUACAACAUUUCAGAAGAAAUUUACAGAUGUGACACCACUUUUCGAUUCACUGAGUACACUGAGAGAGCUACUGAAAACAGUCAGAAAGUUCAAAGAUUUUGUCAGUGACUCUUCUGGCAAUGCAGCAAUGUCAUGCAAAAUAGACAAAACAAAUACAUUGUUUGCCACAGAGCUCAUUAAUCUAGGUCUGCUGACAAAUGUUGGCAGAAUGGUUGCUCAAACCGCCAGAGUAGGACGAGCAGCAGCAGAAGCAAUAGCUGCAGUCACAGGAGUGUUGAGUGGAAUUCUAGUGAUUGUUGAUACUGUCUUUAUAGCAGUGGAUUCUAUAGACAUGCAUCAGAUGAGACAGGGAAAAGUGUCUGAUCCUAAAAAGGUCAAAUCAAGUUUACUGAAGUCCAUUGCUCAAAUGAGGAAAACGCAUGGUGAUCUUUUAACAGUCUCAAAGGAAAUACAAAAUACAAGAAAUGACCUAAAUGAGUAUAUAAAAAAGGCCUGGGGUUACAGAGAUUUAGAGAGUACAAACAUAUAAACAUGAUACUAGUCAGAGACUCUCACAAGAUCCUUCUGAUUUGUUUUUCUGUUUCAGUGAAGAUAAAGGUUUUGAUGAAAAUUACUUAAAUAAGUUAAAAAAUAGAAGACCUAGGACGUAUAAGGUCAGACUUUUGCAAUCAUUCUAUGUUGUAAAUAUCAGAAAAUAUAUUAAAGGUUUUAGACAUAAAAAGACUAACAAUCACUAAUUGAUAAAGUAGUGCAAAGAGGCAGUUAAAAGUUGGCCUCAGAGCUGAAAUAUGUGUUUUUCUGGUAAAACCGUUAAUACCAAAGCCUUCAUGUGCUCCAGAACUCAUAAUUACAACUUGCAAACUUGCAAAUGUUGACUUGGACCAUAAGACAGUUAUACCACCUGACUGGGGUGCUAUUAAAUGCUUUGGCUCAGUAAAAUGUUACAUAUUGUGAUCAAGGAUUAAUGGUAAUUAUGACAUGACAUGAAUUCAGCUUAACAUCUGUGCUUCAUUCGUUGUUCAUUCUGUAACAUGAUCAUGGCCACUUCAGCUGGAAAAUGUGACAACUUUUAUCAGCCUUUCAGUAAUAAUAUCUUAUAAUUAUCUUAAUGUUCUUGAUAAUAGGGCCUUGAUUAUAAACACAUACAAGUUGCUUUGUUGUUGUUGUUGUUUUGUGAAUUGUUAUGUAAAAUGCAUGCUUUGUGAAAAACGUCAAACACAAAGUUAUACAGAGGUGCAGGCUUGUUUAUGUCGUUUUUUUAAGGAUUAUUGUUAAAAGAAAAUCUAUUUUUGGUGUGAUUUCAUUACUUAAUCACUUACUAUUUUGAUUCAUGGGUAAACAAAAAAAGUCAAAUCUUAAGUAUUUUAAAUAGUCUCAUUUUAGUGUAUAAGCUCUUCUGAAAAUGAUUAUUUUUGUAUUACUUCACUGUAGUCUUUAUCUUUCUUGUAUAAUCAUGACACAAUAAGCAUAAUUUAUAAUAAUUUGCCAUAUAUUAGUUUGUGUGUAUUUCACUUGAUCAAAGUAUUUGUGUAAAAGGUGACUUCAAUAAAUAGUAAGCAAAUUCA